UAAAAUUAAAUAAUUAUGCAACCAAAACCUUUUUUAUAGAAACACCUUAAUAUCUGUUUGAAAAUCAUACAAAAAAAAAAUUAUAAAAAAUAAAAUUCUUCAAAAAAUUCAUUACAUGAAAGAAAAGGUGAUUUUCUAAAGGCGACUAAGGAAGGAGCAAGCACCACCGAAAUAAGCAAUCGGUAUCGACAACAAGUUGAGUUCUUUCGGAUUCUAAGACAUUGCUAAUUACUUAAUAAAAGUGUAUGUGAUUUUUUUAUGAAAAAGUGAAAAAUAAAAGAAAAAUGAUGGAAUAAAAUAAUGAUAAAGAAAAGUUAAGGAAAAAGGAGAAUAGAGUUUCUUUGUAUAUAAUCCCGUAAAAAAAAAUUGCAAUAUUUUUGAAAGUAUGGAUUUUAUAUAUUUAAAAAGAAAAAAAAAAAUCAGUAUUUUCUAUAAUUUCUCCUUUUCUAAAAAGGUAAAAUUUCAACAAUCUUACCUGGAAUGAACACUUGAUCCAUUUGUCAUCUUAUUUAAGAUCCCCAUUCCAUUCUCCUAAACGGAAAAGAAAAUGAUACAUUUUGCAUUAGAAUUAGAAUUAUUAUUUAUUGGGUGGCAGCUUAUUUCUCACUCUAAAAUGCCUUUUCAGGACUAAGGCAAUUGCACAUUAUUAUUAUUAUUCCCUUUUAUAAUCUCCUAUAUUAGCAAACCAUUGAAAAUGGAAAUUAAGAGAAAAGAAGUAAAAAAAAAACGAUAUUGUUUUCUAUAUAACCUAUAAGGGCUAUUAUCCCAAGAAGAUGCUUCCUUCCUAUGGUAAAUCCUAUGGGAUACCACUCACUACGAGUCGCCAAUGAUCAAAAUAUUCUGAAAUUAUGUUCCCGUGAUUCUAAAACUGAAUCAAUGAUAAAAGUGAUAUAAUUAUGGCAGCUGCAUACUGUGUUAUGGUGAAAUCAUUCGCAUUGAAUUAGGGCUCCCUAAUUAACAACCCAAAUUGAAGGGAUGGAAACAAAUAAUGAUAAUAACAAAGGAAAGGCCAUUAUACAAGGAAGUAGUAGCCUGGAGAAAACGAGUGACUGCGUUUCAAAUGAAUUUCCUGCUGGUUUAAGGGUUCUUGUUGUUGAUGAUGAUCGGACUUGUCUCUUAAUCUUGGAAAAGAUGCUCCGAAAUUGCCUAUACAAAGUUACCAAAUGUCGGAAAGCGAAGGAUGCUUUGUCAAUGCUUCGAGAGGAUAAGAACAAGUUUGACAUUGUUGUGAUUGAUUUGCAUAUGCCGGAUAUGGAUGGGUUUGAGCUCCUUGAGAUUGCUGAAUUUGAAAUGGGUUUGCCUGUUGUCAUGAUGUCGUCAGAUGAUGAUCAUGAAGUUAUUAAGAAGGGUGUUCUUCAUGGUGCCUGUGAUUAUUUGAUCAAGCCUGUUAGGAUGGAAGCUCUUAAAAUGAUAUGGCAACAUGUGAUUCGCAAGAAAAAGAAUACUGCAAAAGAUGAACUCGAGCAACUGAUAGGCUUGGAAGAUGAUAUACUGCUUUUGACAAAACCUGACAGUGACGAUGAUAUGAUCCAUGGAAACUUGAAUAAUACAAGGAACUCAAAACGGAGAAGAAACAAUGAAUAUGACGAUGAACCCUCAGAUCCUGCAGCCACAGGAAAGAAGCGAAUGAUUUGGACUGAAGAGCUCCAUGAAAAGUUUGUUAGAGCUUUUAAUCAUCUUGGCCAUGAAAAUGCAGUUCCUCUGAAAAUUUUGGAAUGCCUGCAAAGAAUGAAUGUUCAUAGCAUUACUCGAGAACAUAUUGCUAGUCAUCUUCAGAAGUAUCGCAUGUAUCUACGAAAACAAGAUGACAUUCCACAGCUAAAGCAAGAACAUUUGUUGCCUUCAAGAAUGAACAAAACAUCUAUUCUUGAGCAACCUCAUCCAUCAGAUAACCUCCAAUUCUGUACAAAUACAUUUCCAUUUCCUUUGCCUUGUCACACUACUCCACAAGCAAGGCUGCGUGCACCAUUGAGUACGAUUACAAACAGUGACUGGACUUAUGAUGAUCAAGGGAAGCUUCUGUACCCUGGAAUGGUGGAAUCAAGCUACUAUCCUAUGACCAAAAACUCUGCAAAUAAUUUUCCUAUCAUCAGUAGUACCUUUGGAGCAGCAGGACCUUCGUGCAAUACAUCUUCUGUUGCCAUUCAAUCAGUUGGUAAGGAGUAUGAAUGGAGGAACAAGGAAAAUGUUGCUCAGAAUUCCAAAAGCCUUUCAGCUCUUGAUUCAUUCCAUGACUUGUAUGAGACAAAGACUGACAGCACGCCUCAGCUGAUCUAUGAGCCUUCACUUUAUCUCCAGCAUUUUGAUCAAGAUGAGAUCUUUCAUGGACAUCUUUAUCAGCAAGGUGCAGCGCCACUUGUAAUCAAAUAUAACAAUUCUACACAACUUGAUAAAUGAGCCUUCUGAGAAGACAACCGAGCCCUCUUUUUGAACUGGAUUUCUCAUGCAGUUUUUUCUUCCUUCUUCUUCUUCUUCUUCGUCUUCUUCUUCCUUGACAGCACAGAUAAAAUACUGUUUUCUAAUCAUUAAACUUGCAGUUUACC